AUGACCUCGUACCGAUAUUCAUCUUCAAUGGACCUCAUCACAGCGCCCGUCCAUGCCCCACUAAUGCCGCAUAAUUUCUCCCAAGGAUGCUCAAGCGGGCAUCAGGAUGAUCUAGCUUCUGGCCACAGCCAGCCCAGUCCUUCGCAACGCCUGCUCUCUCGAAUGCUUCCAGUCCAGGCACCGCUAUCCCAGCACGCAGCUUCACGGUCACCACAGCCGCACCACAUAUCUACAUCAUCGGGGGCAGCGUCGUUGGCUUUCUCUACCACACAGCAUUCAGCCACAGCUGCAUCGGCACAGUCGGCAGACGCCGCCCCACACAAGUCAAGCCUAAGACUGAGCCACCCACCUCCAGCCCCUUCAUCCUCACAUCUGCACCAGGUCACUCCUCAGUCCAAGCGAGCACGUAUCGAUCGCGACUCCAGGUCAGCCAGCUCGACAACUUCACCCUUUCCCUCGAGCAACAACAGCCUUCUCAAGUCCAAUCAAAGCUCAGCACCCACCGGCCCUCUGUCCUCGCCUGCUAUGCCAAACGUGCGGCCGCUUUCAGGAAUAGUAAGACCGCUGCCCAUGCCGCCUACAUCUCCUUCACAGCGUCCACCUGCGUCAGACGCUCGCAAUCGCCAUUUGAUACCCAUGCCACAACACAGUGUGGAAGACCUUGCCAAGCUUUUGCCCCCACGCCAGCCUGCCGCCGUGUCACCUCAGCGACCGGAUGUUCCGCGGCGCUCUGUGCUCCAGGCGAUACCAGCGCAACCUCCGUUGCCAAUACCGCCACCUCGCAGCCCUGUCGCCCAGCAUCAGCGUCUAUACCCUCUUCCGUCUGCGCCAGAAGCUCUACCGAACAGAACCUCGUGGUCAUUGACAGGUUUUCGAUCCUUCGACCUCGACCUCGAUCGCAUUGCCGAGGUUCAACGCCUGGAUCAGUCACGCAGCGACGAACCGACCGAAGAGCAGACAGCAUCCAAAGACGCGGCAGGUGCACCAGCAGCAUUGGAAAUGGCUUCCAACCAUGGUCGGAUAAGUGGCUCAUCACUCGGCCUUCCAGAUCGAGGCUUGCCGUCUGGUUCCAUCUUCGAAGUGCUCGGUCCGCCUGGCAGUGGCAAGUCCCAUUUCGUUAUUCAAUAUGCCAUCACCGAGCGUUUACGAGCGCUCGGUCGAGCUCGAAGCUCACUGAUGAUGUACGAAGACCAAGACGAAGCUUCGAUGCAUGAUGAAGAGCAUCAGGGAACGACCUUCACGGACUCGAGCUACUUUUCGGAGGAUUUCUGGGAUGCAGAGAUAGCGCAGGCUGAUCAGGUGCUCAUGAUCGACUGCGAAGGAGCACUUACACCAGAAAGGCUUGCCUAUGCCGCUUGGAGCGCUACUAUCUCUCUGUGGACCACCACACGUCAACAUCACAGCCCAGCAAAUAAUGAAGCAACUCACGUCGUCACGUCGACGGAGAUCAAGUCUUCUGCUCAGCAACGCGCGGACAUGCCGGAAGUGGUGCGUCGUCUAGUCGCUGCCGUCCUCGCAGGCAUUCAUGUCAGUCACGUCACAAGCUUGGCCGAUUUGAUUGCUCUGCUACGCUCUUUGCGGCCGACAGAUGACUUGCGAGACCGACAGGGGGAGAAAUUGCUCCCAUCAGCGAUGCCGGCCAGGACGUCUUUGAUCCUCAUUGAUACGCUGUCCUACCACAUCCGCUCUUCUGGCGGCAGCACUCAGGACCGUAAGUUUGCUGCACAAAGCAGCGAGCGCAUUCGUGAUAUGCUGCUCCGGCUUCAGAAGCCGUACGAGUACUGCCCGCAACCCGAGUUGACUCUGGAGGAGAACGAAGCAGCCAAACAGAGAUGUAUCGAGGCCGCAUCGAAGUUGUGCACACCAACGAUCGUGUUUACAAACCAGCUUGGCAUCCGCAGAGGGCGCGACGAGUUGCAGGCAUCAGGCCGAGCAAGUCCCUCAGGCAGACCUGCAAUGGGCACAAGCUCCUAUCGAUCGUUCGGCAAGAACAGCGCUCGAGCAGAAGGCACGUCUAUGCUCGCGCCCCUGUUGAACGGACAACGACUGCCUCAGUCGGCAAGAGUGCGAAACGAGCGACCACCUCCCAGUGUAGCACUUUGCGGGCCAGAAAUGUGGGAUGAAGAGAAAGGCCAAGCAGCAUCAGCCAAAGCGUCAGCAUCGCCGCGUCAGUCGCAGCAGCUCCGGGGCCGCAGUGCAGGGGCAACAAAGCCUAUGGGGCACAACCGAGGCUGGCCGCUCAGCUUUCUUGGUCAAGAUGUGUGGCGGAUACUGCUGUUCCGGCACGGUACUUUCGGACAUAGAUAUGCGCAGAUGGCCUCGGUGCCACCGAUAGUGCAAAGCGAGCUGGCAAGUCUUUGGACACAGGCGAGGCAACGUAUGCGUGCUCGAGAAGCGGAGGCGGCGCGGUCUGAGGAACAGCGAGCUUCAUCCGCCCUAGCUGGAUCUGCUGCUGAACAACGGGCCCCGUCAGAGCCAGCAGCAAAUUCGUCUGAUGCCCAGCGAGGCAGCCUGCAGCUAUCUGAUGCUCCCACGAUUUCUGCAAGGGAAACAAUCGCGGAGAACAUGGACAAACAGAUGCUUGAUUUGCUGGGUCGGCUAAGGUCGAGCUUGUUUUCCUGGCGUCCAUUCAGCUCGUAG